AUGCCUCGGCCUAGGCAUAACACCACCUCGCUACCCCGAGGCCUCCGGCAAGAACUCGGUAUCAGAGAUCGUUACGGCGAGCGGAAGAACAAGCGGAUAGAAAGAUCACGGAAAGAUCUUCGGCGAGAAGAGCGCGCGGAGAACAAGCGAGGAGGACCGGGGUCAAAGAAGAGCGCUAACAGUCGUCACCGCGACGAUGAGGACGACGACAAUGACUUUGACGAUCUCGGCGACGGUUCUGACUUUGAUGGCGACUCGGGCGAGUCAGAUGAGGAUGAUGGAGACGUUAUGGCCAAGUUGAAAGCCGCGAAGCAGAAAAUGGAAAAGCCUAGCGCAAGCUCGAGGAAGGUCGAAGAUGAUGCUUUGCGUGAUGUUCCCCGCAAGGAAGUAUCAAAGGCCGUACAGGACCAACUGGACCAAGAUGACGCAGAGAUUGCUGCGCUAGAAAAAAAGCUUGGUCUGAAGAAGGGGAAAUUGCCCAAGUCGUUUGCGGAAGAUGGAUUGGAUGAGCUGUUAGGAGACUUGGGCGGAGGGUCUGCGGAUGAGGACCGUAAGCGCAAAAGAGAGGCGGACGAAUGGUUGCUGAAUAAGAGGAGGAAAGCACAGGGUAUGCCUGUUGAAGAAUCCGAGGCGUCGGGCAGCGAUGAUAUGAGUGAUGAGGACCUAGAAAGUCUCCCCGACGAUGAGGAUAUAGAUGGAUUCGAUGAGGAGGAUGGAGAAGAUGAAAGUGAAGACGACCAACCCGCACCGAAGAAGCGCGAGAAUCCGUACGUUGCGCCUGUCGUAGCCACGACUGAGGAUAAACCGGGGAAAUACAUACCUCCGUCUCUGCGAGCAGCAUCAAGUUCCGAAUCCGAGUCUCUGACCCGCUUGAGGAGGCAGGCACAGGGUCACCUCAACAAGUUGUCGGAGGCCAAUCUCGUUUCUAUAUUGGCGGAGUUCGAAAAGCUCUACCGCGAGUAUCCUCGUCAGAAUGUAACUUCCACGCUGGUUACUCUUCUCUUUGGGCUCAUCUGCGAGAGGUCUGCGCUUCAAGAUACUUUUAUCAUCCUGCAUGCGGGAUUCAUCGCGGCUGUGUACAAGGUCAUGGGAAUGGACUUUGGAGCUGAGAUUGUGCAAAAGAUUGUGGAAACGUUCGAUGCCGGAGGAGACGAUAGGGGCAAGUUUGAGGGGAAGGAGAUGAUUAACUUGAUCUCUCUUCUUUCACAGCUUUACAACUUCCAUGUUGUUGGAAGCACCUUGGUAUUUGACUAUAUUCGGCUAUUCCUGCAGGAUAUCAACGAGGACAAUACCGAACUACUCCUCAAAGUCAUUAGAAACUCCGGACCUCAACUUCGACAAGACGACCCGUCCUCCCUAAAGGACAUCGUCCUCCUCAUCCAACCAGCUGUCACCAAAGCCGGUACAGCCUCUCUUUCCGUCCGGACAAAAUUCAUGAUCGACACCAUCACAGACCUGAAAAACAACCGCCUCAAAUCAGCCGCAAACUCCACCAUAGCCUCCGAGCACAUCACCAAGAUGCGCAAGAUUCUCGGAUCCCUCAACAACUCGCGCGUCAUCCGUGCCACUGAACCCAUCAGCAUCUCUCGGAGCGACAUUCAUAAUUCCUCAAAGAAGGGCAAAUGGUGGCUCGUCGGCGCCAGCUGGAAAGAGGACCCCCUUGAGUCUGCCCGCCAGGAACUCUCCUCACUCUCUGCCGCCAACACACAUCAAGCCACGAUAGUAGCGGACGACAGCGAAGCUGAACCAGACUACGCCUCUAUCGCGAAGGCGCACCGCAUGAACACCGACGUUCGCCGCUCCAUCUUCGUGGCUAUUAUGUCUGCAACAGACUUCCAGGAUGCACACGUUCGUCUGCUCAAACUCCGCCUCAAGCGCGCACAGGAGUUCGAAAUCCCCCGUGUCCUCACCCACUGCGCAAUGGAGGAGGACGCUCAUAACCCGUACUACACGCUCAUCGCCCGCCGGCUGUGCGGUGAACUCGGCCGCCGCAUCAAAAUGUCCUUCAUGUUCACCCUAUGGAACAUCUUCAAGCGAAUGGGCGAAUCUGGGGACAUGGACGAUGACGAGGAAGACGGCUCCAAUCUCCACGGCGAAGACGAGGAAAAUCCGCUCUCCAUGAAAUCUGUUGUCAACUUGGCCAAGAUGUACGCUUCCCUUAUUGCGGAUGGCACGCUCACGUUGGGAAUCCUAAAAACUCUUAAUUUUGCGUACUUGCAGCCAAAGACAAAGGCCUUUGUCGAGGUGCUUAUGAUUAGCAUCAUACAGCAGUCGCAAAAACAGAAGAAAAAUAAGAAGUCCAAGUCCAAGUCCAAGUCGGAGGACAGUCUGGAUGAACAACCCCUAGUCGAGAUCUUCAUGAAAACUGAAUAUACGCCGCAAAUCAUAAAGGGGUGUAUUUUCUUCUUGCGGAAGGUUGUUGCUAAAACGGAUAUUGUUGCGUCGGAGAAGGAGGCUGUCAUGGUGAAAUGGGGUGUUAGGGUUGCUGUUGAUGCACUAAAGGUUGUGGAGUCGAAGGAGAGCAAGUUUUCAUAG